CGCCGCCUCCUCCAGGCCGUAUCUCCCAGAGAUAAGCCCUACAGCCAUAUAAGAGGGCUCAGAAGAGGCACUGCUCCUGACACAUCUACAGGGCACCAUGAUCCGUAUCCUGUUCGCUACCCUGAUGCUGGCCUCUGGGGCCCUCAGUUGUGGGGAUCCUGCCUACCCGCCUGUUGUGAACAGAGUGGUUGGAGGAGAAGAUGCAAGACCAUUCAGCUGGCCCUGGCAGGUCUCCCUGCAAUACAGUUCCCGUGGUAACUGGUAUCACACCUGUGGGGGAACCCUCAUUGCACCCAACUGGGUCCUGACAGCUGCUCACUGUAUCAGUUUUUCUCUGACCUAUCGAGUGUUUCUUGGCAAAUACAACCUAAAGGCUACUGAACAAGGAUCGAUUGCAGCCAGUCCAGAAAAAAUCAUUGUCCAUGAAGGCUGGAACCCAAACCGUGUUGCAAAUGGCAACGACAUCGCUUUGAUCAAACUCUCCCGGAGCGUUGCCCUGAGCAAUCAAAUCCAGCCGGCCUGCCUCCCUCUAGCAGACAGUCUCCUGGCCUCUGGUGUCGUCUGCUACGUAACAGGAUGGGGAAGGCUGUACACAAACGGUGCUCUCCCAGAUAAACUGCAGCAAGGACCUUUGCCCGUUGUUGUUUACGCCACCUGUUCCCUGCCUACCUGGUGGGGUAGCUCAGUAAAAACCACUAUGAUCUGUGCAGGCGGCGACGGAGUGAUCUCCAGCUGCAACGGGGACUCUGGUGGCCCACUGAACUGCAGAGGUUCUGACGGCAGAUGGGAAGUUCAUGGCAUAGUCAGCUUCGGCUCCUCGCUAGGCUGUAAUUAUUACCGCAAACCCUCCGUCUUCACUCGAGUCUCCGCUUUCAACAACUGGAUCGCUACAGUUAUGGCAAACAACUAA